CCGUCGCUGCUGCUAUAACUCCGUCGUUGCCAUCACUUCGUUGCUGCCGUCUAUCCGCUGCUGCUUAAGUCGUCGUGGGAAUGAGCUGCCGCUGUAUCCUGUGCCAGAGGGACGUAAGCGCCGGCAAACAGCCGACGCACCAGGUUCAUUGGUCGCCGAGGGAUGCCACAGAAAGUAUUCAGCGACAACGCAACCAACUUUGUCGGCGCCGACCGCAAGCUGCGCGAGCUGAAGGAGGCGUUCCUAGCGCAAGCGCCAGAACUAAUGGGGUUCGCAGCCGAAGAAGGAUUCAGCUUCGGCUUUAUACCACCCAGGGCGCCGCACUUCGGCGGAUUAUGGGAGGCGGCCGUGAAGUCCGCCAAGCAUCUGCUCGUCCGCGCACUCGGCAACGCUCUACUCACGACGGAGGAGCUAUCAACACUACUGGCCGAAGUGGACGCCAUUUUGAACUCUCGUCCCCCCAGCGGACCCAAUUCGUUGCUGCGAGAGAUGUCAACUUGUUUGCUGUCUCAAGCAACAGUUUUGGCGACAGUGGUCCAAAACCUACAUGACGGGCCUUCAGGAACGCAACAAAUGGCUGCACCCCAAACGCAACCUGCAGCCAGGCGAUCUCGUCCUCGUCCACGAGGACAACGUGCCGCCACAGCAGUGGGUACUCGGACGCGUCGUCGCCGCCGUCGAAGGGCAAGACGGCAACGUGCGAGUCGCGGAAGUCGCAACCAAGACGGGCACGAUUAAGCGCCCCAUCCACAAACUGGCUGUCCUUCCACUGGAUAUUGAAGGAAUCUGAUCCUGUCAAGGUGGCCGGUGUUGCGUCAAGCGACAAAAUAUAAUUUAAACCUAAAACUAAAAUUAAGAGAAAUGAAUUAUAAAAAAUUAUAAAUAUUGAAUUAAAUUAGUAUUGUAUAC